GUUUCUUGUAGCUAAGCGCGGAAAUUACGAGUAACGGCUACAGAGGGAUCAGCUGACGCAAAAAGCAGAUCGAUCCUUACAACUGCCAGCAAAAUGUCUAUUACUCCAAUGUGCUAUGAAACUCAGUUUUUUGAGUUUACUCCUCAAACAUGUAUCCUUAGAGUAUAUGUGGCUUUUCAAGACUACUUAUUUGAGAUGCUGUUGGUUGUGGAAAAAGUAAUCAUGAUGAAAUUAGAGAGUUUUCCAAACUCUAGAAUAAAUAACUUCCAGAUUAGAGAAAGCACAGAAAAGUAUCUGCACUUCAUAAAUGAACGAUUCAAUAACUUAUUUCAGAAAAUGGAAAAAUGGCUUCUAAAGUUGGUGCUGAGCAUACCCAAGAAUAUUCUGCUGUCAGAAGAUAAGGUUCAUUCGCAGUAUAACUACAAUAAGGAGAAGUAUGACCUGCUACAGAGUGAAACUGAAACCUUGAAAAAACAGUAUAAGGCUGAAAGUUUUGCUACUCAGUCACUUAUGGCAGAACUAGAGGAGCAGAAGGUUGUACAGGCAGAACUAGAGAAAAUACUAACUUGGUUUGAUGGGCUUGAACAAAUUUGUAGAGCUCAUGGGAACCUUGACUUAAAAGAAAGUAUCACUUUUAUGACUCAGAGCUCCAGGAAACUCCAAGAUAAUAUAAAGGAAAUCAAUCUAAAAAAUAGAAAGAGCAAAAUGGAUAUGUCAUCUAUGACUCCAGUUUGUGUACGGACCAGGAAGCCAAAAUAAGGAAUUCUGAAUUUGUUGCCUUUGUAAUAUAUGUAUAUUAAAACAUAAGUGAUUAUUACUCAUUUAUCUUGCUGAAAUACACAAAUCUGUAUAUACUUUUGUGUUUGUAUCUUGCAAUUAAAUGGACAUUAAUGAGCAAAAAUAGAAUGUCGUGCUGGAACAUUUUAUUAUUGCACUGUUGCUUUAAAUAUAAUUUUUUAACAUCUGCUAAAGGGGUUAUAAAUAUAACUUAAAGGGACAUAAUACUCAUGCUAAAUCACUUGAAACUGAUGCAGUAUAACUGUAAAAAGCUGACAGAAAAAUAUCACCUGAGCAUCUCUAUGUAAAAAAGGAAGCAUUUUACCUCACAAUUUCCUUAGCUCACCAGAGUAAGUCCUGUGUAAAAAGUUAUACUUCAGCUGCUGGUAAAAAAUAAAUAAAAUAAAAAUGUAAUUAACUACAGCCAAUCAGCAUCAACAGUGCUGAGAUCAUGACCUCUUUUAACGUGAUCUCAUGAGAUUUCACUUCUCUCUCAUGAGAUUUUAUAGCAAACACGAGUGUGCAUGAGGAUCACUCCCUUGCCUGUCCCGGGACAGGCAUACUGAUUUGUCCUUUAUAAUGUGGUGUAAAUACUUAGGACAUUUUGAGGUAAACUAUCUUUCAUUUUUUACAUAGAGAUGUUCAGGUGCUAUUUUCUAGUCCUCUUUUUACAGCUAUGCUGCAUCACUUUCAAGUGUUUCAAAAUUUGGGUAUCAUGGCCCUUUAAAUCAGCUCCAAACCAGUAGUGUUCACUUAUCUAGAGCUGAAGAUGACCUGAGCCAAUCAUGGAUGACAAAUGUUCAUAACUGCCAAUCACCAGCUGUGUUUAUAAGGUGGCGCAAACAAAUGCUGAUAUCCCACUUUGAAUAAACCUCGUAUAAUAUA